AUGAACAAGAAGGAGGUAUUCAAACUAGCAAAAGGUUUCCGUGGAAGGGCAAAGAAUUGCAUAAGGAUAGCUAGAGAAAGGGUAGAAAAGGCACUUCAGUAUUCUUAUAGAGACCGAAGGAACAAAAAACGCGACAUGCGUUCCCUUUGGAUUGAACGCAUCAAUGCUGGCACUCGCGUUCAUGGUGUUAAUUAUGGUAACUUCAUGCACGGACUAGUGAAAGAGAACAUUCAAAUUAAUCGCAAGGUUUUAUCAGAGUUGUCUAUGCAUGAACCGUAUAGUUUCAAGGCUCUCGUUGAUGUUUCCCGCACUGCUUUCCCCGGGAACCGCCAGGUGUCCGCAACACCAAAGAAGGAAGGUCUUGCAAUGUUGAUAUGAAUUUUGAGUAGUAAUGAAGCUUUGUUUUGCAAUAAUGUUUUAGACUUCAAAUUUGUAGUUGGUUUUUUGCUUACAAGUGUUCUUGUUGUGUUGGCAUUGUAUCUCUUAAUGGGUCAAAUAAGGGGAAAUUUGUCUAAAAUCAUCUAACUCACAAGAUAAGCGUUCGACUUUUUUUUUAAUGAUUAAGCUUUUAUUCUAGAUUCGUUAUUUUUUUUCGGAAGUAUGUAAGUUGUAUACGCAAUUGGUUGUGUCUAUGUAUUUAACUACUUUUGAAUAAUAGUUAAAGAAAAGUAAAGAGUUAUAAACAAUAAAUGUAGG